AUGUCAGUAAAGCAAGAGGUAAUUAACGAGCCCAAUACAUCGGGAAUACUACUGAAUUCCGCACGGCGGAUCAUCCCGUCAGUAUCGGGGGAAUUGCCGAAAUUAUCUCGCACGAUGUCAAGAACUGAGGCCGUUAGGCAAGACGUCCGAAGGCUGAAGAGUGUCACGUUGGGCAGAAUGGGGAAGAUGUUUAAGACACGUACGCCCAUCGCGGGUAGAUCCUCUACAGGUUUGGACACAAAUGUGACAAGCGUCAAUAAUAGUGACGAGACAGCAUCGAAAAAAGAAAAGGCAAACUCUUUGGGAAGGAUGCUUAAACUCAUCGACAAAGACGGUUCGCCUAAGAAACUUUUUGUUCGUCCCCGUUCAGGAUCACUGAGUCGUAUACUACGUAGGCAUCCUCAUAAUGAGGACAAAGGAAUUAUCGAUAAACCCGCGGAGGACACGACGCGUGGAAUUCUCUCUAGAAUGCUCAGCCAACUGAGAGGAAAGUAA